GCACUGCAUUCUGUAAGUCCAUGCUACUGAUUAAAAAUCCCAUCAAAACAGUCUGUAGAAAAAAGUUCUGUAGUUUUGGUUAUUUGUUGCGGUUUAUGACACUUUAAGCAGAUAUUCUUUUAGGAGUAGACUGACAGAGUAUGGCUGAUGGUGGAGAUGUUGUUGAAGGGGAUGUUGAUGACCCACCCAGCAUGAGCUGUCAACUGGUCACUGUGUCACACCUCCCAAACACCACUGCAGCAGGUCGUAACCUGAAGGAAUGGCUCCAGGAGCAAUUCUGUGACAAGCCUCUGGAACAGUGUGAAGACAUGCGUCUACAUAAUGCUGCCUAUGUGGGAGAUCUGGACACUAUCAAGACCCUCUUUCAAGAAGACAGCUUCAAGCAACGGAUCAAUGAAAAGUCGGUUUGGUGCUGUGGUUGGCUGCCCUGCACACCCCUGCGUAUUGCGGCCACGGCAGGUCAUGGCAAGUGCGUGGAUUUCCUCAUCUCUCAGGGAGCUGAAGUGGACAUGGUGGAUGUGAAAGGUCAGACUGCUCUGUAUGUGGCGGUGGUUAAUGGACAUCUGGACUGUGUAAAGAUCCUUCUGAAAGCCGGUGCUGAUCCGAACGGCAGCAGGCACCACCGAAGCACCCCAUUAUACCAUGCUGCACGAGUGGGCCGAGUGGACAUCCUGCAAGAGCUCAUCAGGUUCAAUGCUAAUGUUGAUGUGGAUCACCAGCUGGGCCCCAGGCCAUUGUUUAGCGCCCGCGCUCUAUCAACUCUGGUGGUCUGUCCGCUGUACAUCAGCGCUGCAUACCACCACCUCCACUGUUUCCGGAUACUUCUGCAGGCCGGGGCCAAUUCGGACUACAAUUACACUGGCCCAGUGAGCAGGGAAGCACUCGCCAGGGGCCUGGCCUCAUGUCUUCUAGAUGCAGUUCUGAGACACGGCUGUGCACCAUCUUUCGUUAGCUUGCUGCUGGACCAUGGUGCUGACCCGUGGCUGGUCCCCUGGGAUGAGCUCGACCCUGAUGCCAUGGGUCGUGUUAGGGUCAACCCUGAGGCUCUUCGUAUAUACCAGGAGGCCAGAAAACACCCAAGGAAACUGACGUGCAUGUGCCGCAUUAAAAUCCGGGAAGUUGUUGGCAAGCAGCGUCUGUUAAGUAUCUCUUCCCUUCCGCUGCCUGACACGGUCAAAAACUUUCUGCUCCAUACGGACUGACGUGGACCUGGUGCUCCAUGUAGGCGAGUGAUUAAUUCAAGGGUCACUCACUCCCCAGCGAUACUUGAAUGGAAACCACAAUCCUCAAUGACUUCCACAAUGCUGGAAGUUGUAAU